UCUAUCUCGCUAUCGCAAAUUUAUGCUGCCUCACCAACUCAAACAACCCCGAAGUAUAACACAAAUAAAAAGCAAGAAGAGAUCUGAUACGCGUAAAUCUCGUAAAUAAAUAAAACAUCUCAGCAUGCCCCGCCAAUCCGGAUUUGCAUUCUCCAGUCAGUGUCAAAACGAAAAUUUGACUUCCUAACGAGGCUGAGCAAAAACAAUAAAUUUCUGACCGCUUCCUCUGGCCCGAAUGAGUUCAGUUGAACCGACGGUAUCGUCUGCUUCGCUUGUUCCCGUCACAGUGCACCAUCAGUCUUCAACGCCCGGUUCGAUUUGCCUAUCGCUGACCGUCGAAGCGCUGUUCUGCAUCGGAAGUGGCCUGUUCGGUGCGAUGAGCAUCCUGCAGCGCGGGGGCAUCACCGAUGUGCUCAAGUAUGUGGGACUGACGACGGUGGCGGCCGGAUCGCUACUUCUGCUAUUGGAAAACCGCGAACGCCGGAAGCGAACCUUUAGCGAGCGUUCGGUGGUGAUUGUGACCGGGUGUGAUUCCGGGUUGGGAUUCAACAUAGCGCAAAUGUGUCACCGAAUGGGAUUCGUCGUAUUUGCUGGAUGUUUGAAAGGUGACUCCGAUGGGGCAAAAAUGUUGCAGGAACUGGACGGCCAAUCCGGGAGAUUAAUUCUACUGGAAGAGCUGGAUAUCACAUUGGAGGAAAAGAUCAUGUGCGCUCGGAAAAAGGUGAAAGACUAUUUGAAGUCAAACUCGGAAUGCGAGCUUUUCGCGUUGAUCAACAACGCCGGUGUGAUGUGCUUCGGCGAGUUUGAGUGGCAAUUAGAGCGCCAUUUGGAGCAACAAAUCAAUGUGAAUCUCCUGGGGACGCUGAAAAUGACGAAGGCCUUCCUACCGCUGUUAAGGAUGCAGCGCGGUCGGAUAAUCAAUGUGACCAGCCAUUGCUCGCUGCAGGCUCUACCGGGUCUUUCGGUUUAUUCGGCGACCAAAGCGGCACUGCGUUACUGGACCGAAGGGCUACGCAUUGAGAUGUCCAGCUACGGUGUUCCGGUCGUGAACUUCAUCCCCGGGUCGUUGGUCAUGCAAAGCAACAUCUGUGCCAACCAGCAGCAAUAUGCCGAGCAGAUGAAAGCGGCCUUCAACGAGGAACAGGCCCUCUUCUACGGUAGCUAUUUUGACGAGUACAACGCCUACCUGCGAGUCAUAUCCGGAUCGAAGCCGGUGCGAAGUUUGGCGGGAAAUCAUCCUGUGCUGAGAUGCUUUGAGGACGCCCUGUUGGAUGCCAAACCAAAAACAAUAUACAAGUGCGAGCCAUGGCGCUACCGGAUGUACCACCUCCUAUUCCGGAUCACACCCACAGCAGUCAGCGACUGGCUUGUGAGGAGAUUUGUUGCCAUGCCUGAAUACAAAACACCAGAAUCUAGACAAGGACAAGGAAUCGUCGCCAGCUUAUGAUCAAAAUUUAAAGUGCCAAUACAUUACAAUUAUUAAUAUACUAUUCAAUGGUUACCAUUUUGAA